GCAAAAUAAAGAACAUUUGUUACGACUUUUAAAAUCUGUCAACAUUUGUAAACAUAUAUUUACAAUGGAUUUUAUUGAAACUUUAUAGAAAAUAUAAUUUCAUCUUAACCUUCUAAAAUGUCUGAACAGCCUGUCAUAUUUCUCACGCAUGGAGCAGGACCAUGUUUUUAUCUUGAUGCCAGUAAAGAAAAGUGGUGCAGAGGGAUAGACAAACACUCAAAUUGUGCAAAAUCCUUCAAAGAUUUAACGAAAAAUGCAAAGUUAAAGAAACCACCAACGGCUAUUUUAGUGUUGAGUGCCCACUGGGAUGAAAAUAUAUGUACAGUACUAACAAAUGAUAAACCAGAGCUUUAUUAUGAUUACAGUGGGUUUCCACCAGAAGCUUACAAAUUAAAUUGGGAUGUUCCUGGAGAUAUUACUGCAGCCAAGAAUGUUAAAGUUUUACUGGCAUCAAAAGGAAUUCGAUGUGAGGAAAACAACAAAAGAGGCUUGGAUCAUGGUGUUUUUGUUCCGCUGAAAUUGGCUUUCCCAAAUGCAGAUAUCCCAGUUUUUCAGGUGUCACUGCUAAGAAAUAUGAAUUUAGAAGACAACAUGAAAAUUGGAGAGGCUUUAUCAGAAUUAAGUAAAGAUGGAAUUCUCAUUGUUGGAAGUGGUUCUGCUACCCAUACCGGUUUGUUCGAUAAUAAACCAGCUGACUGGGCUCUUCAGUUUCAGAAAUGGAUCCAAGAUGUUGUCACAAAUCCAGAUUACUCACCAGAACAGAGAAAAUCCAAACUUUUAGCAAGUGAAUCUGCGACUUUUCUAAGAUCGGCACAUCCAAGAUUAGACCAUUUUUUACCUAUACCUAUGUGUUGUGCAGCUGCAGGGUACAAAGCAGGGAAGAUACUUUACUCUGAAUUUAAAGGGAGCAUGUUGAUGGAACAUUACUUAUUCUAAUAUUGAAAUUUUAAAAUAAUAAAAUAAAAAAGACGGAACAUAAUAAAUUUUCUGUAAUACUUAAAGGGGCACUAGCUACGAUAUAUAUAAAAAAAUAAAGUAUGAUUUUUUUUUAGAUCAAUCAUUAAUCAAAUUGGAAUAAUGAAAUAAUAAUUUGCUUUUAGCAAUCAAUUUCCUUUAAUUUUGUUGAAAUAAGCGAUUAAACAUAAUUUUUGACUGAUUCGCUUGCAAGUGAAAACGUCAUCAUCAUUCUAACCGGUAUUCAUGUGAACUUCAAGUUAACCCCUAGCUAGAGAUUGACAACGCAUGCAUUGUACGUGUACUGGUUAUUUAAAUAAAAAGAAUGUCAACAAUGAAAGUGAAACUACGGUAAAUCAUUUGAUUACUAAUUCGAUGCACAUAAAAUCAUUCUUAUAUGGUUAAAAACAAUUAGAAACAUCUAUUUUUAAUCUAUAAAAUAAAAUCAAACAGACCUAUAAAAAUGCAAUUGCACGUGUUGUUUUAAUCUAUUCGUAUCUUUAUUUUUGUUUACAUCGCUUAUAUGGUCAUCUGAGGUCAAAUCGAUAGUUAAUUAGAUGGCGUCUGGACUAAAAUACACACGAAACGAACCUAUAUAUUAACUACCCCAUGCUCUGUAAACUGUUUAUUUUAGACUUUUGAUAGUUUGGAUAAAUGUUUUACAUUGUUAUAAACCAAAUAUGAGAAUAUGAGUCAAAUCGGUUACAAUGAAUUUGACAGCUAGUGCCCCUUUAAAGUCAUAAGAAACCUCAAAUCAAAAAAAAAAUAAUGCAUAUGUUUUUAUAACUCAAUGGAUAGUUUUCAUUGUAAAACUUAUGUACAUAUACUUUUUUCUGAAGAAAAUUCUUUAAUUUAUUCAUAUUUAGAAGAAGUUUACUUUAUUUGAAUUGCUUCCGUCAUGUCCUUCCAGCAAGCAAUUCCCCCGAUAUAUUUUCCAUAUGCAAGGUGACCUCAGUGUGACCCAUCUCGUAAAAAUCUGGUGACCACAAUACGCAUGGAUGUCCUUAAAAUAAACUAUUAUCUGAAUUUACAUGUUAAACACGUGCUCAAGUUCCAUGCAUUUUUGUUUAUUUUUCGUCAAUUGUUGACAAACAGGUGACAAUCGUUAAACUUCGACUUCAAAACACGAACUUUAAUUACCUGCCAUAUUUUCACAACAACUCUGACCGAUUGAAAAAAAAAUUGACGAUUAUUCGAAAUUUACACGAAAAAAAUGAUAAAUUCGAGCACAGAAGACUAAGUUUAUGAUGUUUGUAUGCAUUGGUUUAAGAAUUGGAAGAACAUUAUUUUUCACCGGUCACUCGUUUCUUAUGACUUUAAAUAAAACAUCUGUAUCAAUAACAUUUAUUUUAUAUCAUUUCAUGUACAAUGUAGAAUUGAAAUCAACUCAGCUAAUCAGAGACAAGUUUUUCUUGAAAGGGUGCUUUACUAGAUAUAGAGAAAUGAGCAUGUUUAACAAAGUUAAGAAUAUUUCUUUAGUCCUUUUAGUUGAUAAAAACUUGCUACUCUUAUUUACUUUAUUUCUAUAGUCUUGUACAUGAGUGUACCAUGGUGUAUAGAUCUAAGGGCAUCAUUUUCAUACUUUACUAUUUGCGGUGUCAUGUUUUUUUUGUUGAUAUUUUUAUAUGCCGGUACAUUAUUUAAUAUAUGAUGAACAUGUAUUUAUGUUAUAC